AUGCCUGAGCUGGCGAUCACCUCCAGACUCUCAGAAGACGACUGGCAUAAUGUCACAGAUCCCAAGAAGAGGAAGAAAAUCCAGGACAAGCUGGCUCAGCGAGCGAGACGAAAACGCCUCCGCGAAGGAAGACAAAUUCCACAGCCGACGAGCCAACAAGGUCAAGAGAAGGCUAGCCAUGCCAGCAACAUGAAUGCUUACCAAUAUGAUGCGUUCGGCUCGAAUGCUCCUGUUGACCUUCCCAAUCGUCUCGAUCUGAUGCCACGCCUCGAGGAGCUUACUAUUGCUCCACCAUUGUGUCGAAAAUGCUCAUCUCAAAUUACAGCCGCUGGACCGGCUCUCGAUAUUGGCUAUGAACCUUGUCCUUCCAUGACCGUCAUCUCUGCUAUGUACAUCAACGGCGCCAUCAUAGGUCUCAAGAGCUGCACGGUUAUCCCGCAGACGUCGUCACCCACGGGCCCGGACGUUCCGAUAUCCUUACAGCCCACCUUUCUCCAGCUGACCACUAUACAUCAGCCGGGCAUUGAUCGUUUCCCGUUUCCCAAGAUGCGGGACAACAUGAUCAGUAUGCACACCAUGAUUGACGAGGAGGAUUUUACCCACGAUCUGUGUACUCGACCGAGUUUCACCAUUUCGCCCGGCAUGGCUCCAUGGGAUCCUAAGGCCUGGAAGAUCGAGACAUAUUUCGCUGCUAAGUGGGGUUUUCUGUUUUAUUGA